CCAGUAUUUAAGACACCCUUGAUGCUUAUUUUGAGUAGUUCAUUUCUCUUAGUUUGUUAGUACGUGUUUUAGCUUAGCUUGUAUUUUUUCCCCUCCUUUUUCCAGGUUUUAAUUCUUGUUACUCCCCUCAUCCCCUAGCCAUCUUCAAAGAAUGUAACAUAGAGUCAGUAUGGGUGCUUGAUCAUUUUUAAAUGUCUAUAGACCCAAUGCAUCAAAUUAUUUAUUCCAGAAAAUGUGAAUAAUUUGUCUUGCUCAAGCUCUGACAAAUGCAAAACAAAAAUAAAUUAGUGAUCACAUCUAAUUCAUGAGUUUUGUUUGGUGUCAUACCAUAUUUGAUACAUCAGGUAGGCCUGCAAAUUGUAUGCAAUUUACUGGCUACAUAUGUACUUCAUAAACAAAUAAGGGAUAACCAGCCCAAAAAAACACUUCUCAGAGCUAAUAUCACCUCCCAUAAAAGAACCACACAUCUUGAUAGGAACACAGUUUUAAUGUUACCCUUAAACUCAAAUAUUUCCGUCAAAGUAUGACCAAACUUAAAUGAAACAUUCAAAGGUGGCGCCAAGGAGGGGCUUGGGUGUGCUCAGCUACCCCUGUAGCCAUAGCACCCUCACAGUCCCCCCAAGACAUUUCUGCAGAUUAAUUAAAAUUAUAAUAGUUAUUUUACAUGUGAGUCCUUUAUAGUUCAAUUUAAGUCGAGACAUCAUAAAUACCAUUUUUUUCCCCCUAAAAAAAAUAUAAUGAAGAGCAGAAUCAGAUGGUUAUUUUCAGCCAAUUGCGCAGCCCGUAUUAACCUUUGACCUUACGUACACUGUCUUGAGCUCCAGUUUUCGCUUGCUUAGCAACAGUGUAUAUCACAGGGGAUUGUUUGUAAUUUAUAAAUAAAUAGCCAAGGAGAGAGAUGGAGGCCAAAGUACGGCUUAUUCAGGUGCUGCUACAUGGAGCUGAGAGAGAUUUAGCAGUGUCUGUCACUGACCAGGACUAAGAAAAGUCUGAGGACGGGGACCAGAAACCGGACUUGGAUUUUCUGAUGAGGAAUCAGGCAUUGCCAAAGACACUGGCAAUCAUCCCCAUGAUGCUUAAAGAAAACUCUGCCAAGAAAGAGUCCACUGAUCCUCCAAUGCUUUAUGACUUCUGCACUUUGAAGUCACUGUCCCCUGCAGAUGCUCUGGAGGAACGCCUCUUAUUGGACUCUAUUGCUUGGCCUGAAACUCCACUUUGGCCAGAUCCUCUGUCAUUGGAGCAGACCAGUGCUCCUGCAAACAGCACCUUCACCAUCCUCCCAGGGAGGACAGGACAAGGAGAGUGGCAUGAAGGGGAUCAGCUGGAGGUUUUAAUAAAAAUGUACAACUUCCUUGGUCAUGCCAAGAAGUCAGGUGGAGACGUCUUACUUGCCCGGCUGCACAACAAAGCACUCAGUACAGGUGUGGCUGGGCGGGUGGUGGAUCAUCUUAAUGGCUCCUACUCUGCUGUUUUCCCUUUACUCUGGGAAGGAAGCGCACAGGUCGAGGUGAUAUUUGUUCACUCCAGCGAGGCUGUCACAGUUCUUCGCAGGCUGACCAGAGAAGAGCCUGACAGGAUUCUUUUUGAGAGCCUCUUCCGCUCAGGGUCAAUCUCUCAACAUACCAUCUGUAAUGUUUGCUUACAUCAAACCAGCCAGCCGUUGUGCAAUUACACCGACCUCCGCACAGGUGAGCCUUGGUUCUGCUACAAGCCACUGAAUCUGAGCUGUGAUGCCAGGAUCAGCCACAUGAAAGGCAAAUUCAACCAAAAGCUCAAGGCUAAAGAGGAGGAGCUCUUUGAAAGGAAUGUCAACAUGAAAGUCUUCAUUAAUGCCUCAGGAGCUGACAGUGUCACUGUGUUGCCACAAAGGAAAGAGCAACCCGGGAUCAAUAAAGGGAACGGGACGUCUGAACUCUCUGGAUAUUAUUACCAGGGUGAGUGGCGAACACUUGGUGGCACCAGAGUUCGCCAAUUCAACAGCUCCUCUGCCAUCAGUCAGUGUCUGAAGGGCAAGGAGGUCCACCUGUAUGGAGACUCCACUGUCAGGCAGUGGUAUGAGUACAUCGGUGCUUCACUACCAGAUGCUAAGGAAGUAAACCUGAAUAGUCCAAAGCAGGCAGGACCUUUAAUGAUGGUGGACUUCGAAAACAGCAUCUUGGUAACUUAUCGCUGCCACGGUCCUCCUCUUCGGUUUCAAAGCAUUCCAGUCAGUCGUCUGCGUUACAUUGCUAAUGAACUGGAUAGGUUAACUGGUGGCACCAACACUAUCGUAGUGAUUGGCAUCUGGUCCCACUUCAGCACUUUCCCCAUCGAGCUCUACAUCCGGCGGCUGCAGAACAUCCGCAAGGCGGUGAUUCUUCUGUUGAACAGGGCUCCAGGCACGCUGGUGGUCAUCAGGACUGCAAACCCCAAAGCUCUGACACUUUAUGAGACGCUAACCAACAGUGACUGGUACUCGCUUCAGCGUGACAAGGUUCUCCGAGCUGUGUUCAGAGGAGUUAAUGUUAAACUGGUGGAUGCAUGGGAGAUGGUUCUGGCCAAUGACCUGCCGCACAGCCUUCACCCACAACCUCCCAUCAUCAAGAAUAUGAUCAACGUUCUCUUGUCCUACAUAUGUCCUAAAUGGGAAGCUGGCUGUGCGGUUCAAGGAUUGGCUAAGAGGUUGACUUUGGCAGGGAUAAGGCAGCUCAUUCCUCACUUUGGGCCCGGAUAAUACAAGUUUACUUAAAAAACUCUAGCAAAUGAGUUGUCCUAAAAAAAAAGAAAAUUAAGGCAAGACAAUGACAAAGACACUGAGCAUGCAGCACUCUCUCAUGCUCUGCAAAGAGCGCCAACAGAUUCCUUUCAUGGAGAAGAGAAGUUUGUCAUAUCCAUUAAAGGAAAAACAUGGUGGCUACAGGAGAUGCUGGUCCAAGGUAUAUUCCAUACAUGGUUUUAAAUGUAUCUACAUGCAUGUAUUUUAACACCAUGUAAAGAGCAUAGGGAAUCUAAAGACUGAAUAUGAACAAGCAGUACUAACUCAGUACUUUAGGUGAAAUGCACUUGAUUUUUUUAAUUCAGAGUUUUAUUUUCCAAAUGGCUAAUUUUUUUUUUUUUUUC